AUGGGCAUACGCUGCAGCUCAGCAACGCACUCGGAAUCGUCAUCGUUACGCGUAUUGGAAUCAGCUCGACGUAGUAGCGUCAGCACAACAAUAAGCUUAUCCAGAGCAAGGGACAGACGGCUAGCACUAUUUCAUCAAAAUUGUUACAGGAGUGAUCCAUCACUAACGAAUUCCUCUGAAGUUCUUUCAACUCGCGAUACACGCAGUGGUUCGGUAACCGGACUACCUGGGCAGGCUGUCAGCGAAUUAACGAAACAGUUUUUUCCCGAGGCUCUUGGCAGCACGAAUUUCAUCGAGCGAAACGGUCACAUAAGCUUUAUUGUACUGUUGAAGGCGGUAAAUCUGGUCAUCGAGCGACGUUCUUCCAUUCGUAUCUGUGAAUUGGCACUUAAUGUCUGUGAGAGCCUGCUUGGGAUGCCUGGAACCGAAUCUCAGGCAUUCAUCGACGAUUCCAUUAACAUUGUCCUCAGAAUAUAUCUGUGGUUAGGAUGCCCACAUGGCUGCAACGAUGGCUUACGCACUUCGCAAGGCGACUUCCUAAGAGUAAAAGCUCGGACUAUUUUGGCAAUAAUACACCGCAUCGAUCAGGAUGGCUUUGCUCAGUUGCUAGUUAGCCAUAUCGAAGAAUGUAAUAUCCAAGUGCUAAUCGACACGCUACACUCCGUAACGGGCUUUUGCAGAUCCGAUAUUACAGGUUAG